AUGGGUGGUGGUAAGAUUCGAGAGAAAAAUGAUUCCUCGAGGAGGAGAGUGUCCUCAGCGGAAAGAGACCUAUACCUGAAACCGUUGCUGAAACUGAAGCAACAAGAAGGUGUGAUCGAAAGAGGACUGACAACUGCGAUCGAGAACAUGAGAAUCGAACCAAGUUUGUUGCAAGAUAUCGUUCAUAAUUACAGGGAUCUGGCUGCUAAAAGGGAGAAGUUUCUAAAAGGAAUACACAGAAACAUGGAGGAGAUCGAUAAUGAUUUGAAGUUCGCUAAAAAUACGACGAGAAAUCCCGACGAAAUAAAAAAUUUGGAUGUAAACACGUACAGACUAAAAUUGUUCAAACUUUUGCAAAAAAUCCAGGAUUUGAAGAGAUCCUGCUCCGUUCGUGAGACAUUGGCGCAGGAGCAAACCGUGCUCGAUAACGAGUUACGAGAUUUUGAACCGCAGUUGCAAAAGUGUGAAAAGUUACAGAGAAAUGCAUUAUCGUCGUCUCAAGGUAGAUUGGAAAAUAGAAAAGAAAAGCUGGAUUACUCGAAUGUGCAAGAUUUUCACGUGUUGGUGGCGAAAACAGGACACACAGAAAACUGGAGCAUGGACGAUCAUCUGUUUUUCCUGAGAAUGCGUCAGAAAUGUGAGAAUAUCCCCGCGUUGGUCGCUGCCAUUCAGAAAAAGUGUCCUGAUUUAUCCACAGAGACCAUAGUGAAUCACGAAGCUUGGUACAAACUGUACCUAAGUCUUCGAGAAAAGCAAAAGCACGCUGUGGAAGAAUGGCGGAAGAAGAAGGAACUAGAAAAAACGAAGCCUACCGAAGAAACAGAGAGAAAUAUUGAGAAUUCCAUCAUAGAAGACAUUAAUUUCAAAGAAGACAUCGAAGACAGCAAAAUGAUAUUUCAAAAAAUGAAGAAAGAACCAAAAAGAUGCGUGACAAGAUCGAGCGGCAGCGCGGCAUCGAUUAACAGCGACAAGAAGGAGAUGAUUAGAAAAUGGCGGACGGAGAAGGAGAACAAAAGCAAAAUGGACGAGGAACAAAUGAAGCUUCGAAUGAAGUUGAAGCGCGAGACGGAGGAGAAUGAACGAAAAAAGAAAAAAGAGAAGAUUCAGGGAGCCUUGGAGGAAUAUAAAAAGAAGAAAGCUCUCGAAAAUGCGUCGAGAGAGUCCAGCGCCAAUUCGAAAGAGAAGUGCACAUACGAUUCCUCGUUGAUUAAAGCGUUUAGGGAACAAGACAAAGAAUACACGAAAAGGAGGAAAGACCGAAUAUCGCAGACUCAGAGAUUGAACAAAAUGGAGAUACCGACGACGAGAAUGUCGGAGUUGCUGAAAAGAGAUUUCUCGACGUUGCUGAACAGCACGGUCGUCUGGAGAGAGAAGUGCAAAUCGGAGAACACGCUGAACCGGCCUGAACCGUUGCAAUACAUCAAAGACGUGCCAAGAAUGUGUAUUCGAUGGCGGAACGAAGAGUCGGGUGAUCCGAAGGAUGUGUCGACGUACGGUUGAACGACGCGAACGCACGUCAACGUCGCAGUUACAGUGAUUUAUUGCACUCGGUACAUUUUGAAUCAGUCAUGUUACACG